UGGAGGUGCGUGUGCCGGCAGUGGAUCUUCGGUUAUCUGUGAGGAAGCAUCCCAGCUGUGGGGUGUGGGGUAUCAUGAAAUUGAUUAUAUUCGCAGCAUUAGCUGCGUUGUGCAGCGCUGAGAAGCUCGACCGGACGUACCUUCCGCCAGCGUCUGCCAAAACCGCAGGCGGGUCCGCAGGGUCGCUGCAAGCUCCACUCGUGUCCGGAGAUGAGCUGCCAGCUGGCGGCUUCGUCAAUGAAGCCCAGGGUGUGGUGGUAGACGCAGCCGCAGCCGGCACCAGGGCCUCUCCUGGCGUUGAAGAAACCGGACUUGGAGGAUCAAGAGAGUCCUACGGCUCCACAGCAUCCAAGGUCGGCGAUGCUGCCUUCAGGGAAUCGGCCUUCAGCCAAAUCCCUAACACAUUUGCCAGAAUUGCCCCCAUACCUGAGCAUGAAACGCCAAUCGGCCCGGUAUUUGAAGGUCAGGUCUUCAAAUCCAAGACUUUACUCCCCCAAGCCUCGAAAGACAAUUCAAACACAUUGUCGUACCAAAAUAAUGUUGAAUCGCACAAAUACAACUAUGGCUUCCAAACCGACAAUGGCAUUGCCGUUGGAGAGAAUGGAGUGGCUCACGAUGGAAUCCACGCGCAAGGCGGAUACUCCUACAAGGGUAACGACGGGCAGGACUACAAAGUGACGUACACCGCUGACAAGGGAGGGUAUCAGCCCCAGGGAAGCCACUUGCCGACUCCUCCACCGAUCCCUGAUGACAUCAUCAAGUCCAUCGAAGAGAACGCUAAGGAGGAGGCUGCUGGUCAUUAUGAUGAUGGCUCAUACGACUCGCAGAAAUACAAUGCGGAAGGCGAUUACGCUGACAGCGUUAAGCAUGAUGAUAAACUGAGCCUAUUCGAGAAGCGACCUGGAUCUCAAGCGAGUGGGGUGGUCAUCAAUCAGAACAACCAAGCAGGUUCUGCCUUCCCUGGUUUUGGUUCAGUGUCUACGGAUAAGCCUCUAGCGUUCAGCACUUAUAAGCCAGUGUAUGGAUCCAGCCAAUCUGGCCAGAGCCAUGGCUUUGGCUCUUUUGGAUCUUCCAGUUUUGGUCAAAGUGGUCAAGGAGUCCACACGCCUUCGAAGACUCAAUUUGGUCAGUCAAGCUUUGGGGGUCCCAACAAACUAUAA